ACCGAAGCAACCCAGGUGCAACCAUGCUCCGCCGACCUAUGGCCGCCGUCCUCGCGGUGGUUGGUGUGACUUUGGCCGAGGUGGCCUGUCCAUACACAGGGCCUUCCUUGUCGACCGGCUAUUGCAUGAACGACAGCACGGCCCUCUGCGUCGUCGACAGCCGCUGCGCCGAGGUCGCGUCCUGGACGACCGCAAGUCUCAUCGCGUCUCGAGGCCUCGUCACAACCAGCGCCUCCGCAUUGCUCCAGAUCCCGGACUUCAGUAUGCUACGCUUCGUCGGCAAUGGGAUCAAGACCGUCGGCGACCUCUCGAAAGCACCGAACGGCAGUGCGAUCGCAAACUGCAUGACCUUGGUUAUUGCCUUCAACCCAGGCGUACAGCUCGACAAGAUGGUGCUUCCCGCUUCCCUCUCGAUCUUGGCGCUACCGAACAACGGCCUCUCGACAUUGCCAGCGACUGUGCUCUGGCCUGCGCGACUCACCUCGAUCGUGCUGGACAACAAUACGCUGCAAAGCUACGUCAAUGGCCCGGUCGUCGAUACGAUCUCUCUCUACAACAACUCGCUCGUGGCCUUGGAGAACUACGACUGGCGCCGCACAAGCCACGUGAACCUCGACGCCAAUGCGAUCACGAGCAUCAAGAACGUGCAGCUCUCGACCACCUUGAUGACCUUCCGCUGCGAUCGCUGCGAGUUGGCCGAGUUCACUUUGGAUAUGCCAUCCUACCUUGCACUCAAGGACGCCAAAAACGUUGUGAUUGGCGCAUCCAAGGUCCUAUCGUGCGCGGCCGGCGGCACCCUCCUCGGCAUCCCCAAUGGCAACAGCCUGAGCAUCGCGGUCUGCGUGUCGCCAGAACCGUUCUUCAACUCGUCGCACGCGUCACCCGGACCGAUCGUCUGGGGCAGCCUCGCUGGUCUCGCUGUCGUUGUCAUCAGCGCCUUUGCGUUCAAGCGCCAGUGCGCGCAGCAGAGCGGAUCUGGCCACAGCUACUUCAAGACGAGCGACGAUGGCACGGCGCCGUCGAGCGUCAGCGACGCGAGCAUGCACGACCGCCUCGACAUGACCGACCUGCUGCCGUUCCGCAUUGACGAGGCACUGCUGACCAAGCAGCGCGUCCUCGCAUCUGGUGCGUUUGGCCAAGUGUUUCUCGGGAGCUACCGCGGGCAGGCUGUCGCAAUCAAGGCGCUGCUGCCCCACCGCACAGCGAUCAAGGACGUCUGCGGCCUCGUCGCCGAAGCCAAGCUCCUCUCCAAACUAUCGAGCCCUUAUAUUGUGCGCUUCCUCGGCGCGGCGUGGAGCCGGCCCAUCGAUCUCUGGUGCGUUGUUGAGUACAUGGACCUCGGCGACCUGCGCCAACUGCUCGCCACCAACGUCGUCCUCAUCGAGUCGGCGCGGCUCGAGAUGGCGCUGGCGAUCGCCGAAGGUCUCUUGUAUUUGCACUCGCUCGACGUGAUCCACCGCGACCUCAAGUCACGCAACGUGCUCCUCAACACCGGUGGACACAUCAAGCUCACCGACUUUGGCGUCGCGCGCGAAGUGUCAAGCGGCACGAUGACGGCCGGCGUCGGCACGUGCCGGUGGGUCGCGCCCGAGGUGCUCCAGAGCGGCCACUAUACGACGGCCGCCGACAUUUACUCCUUUGGCGUCAUCCUCUCGGAGCUUGAUACGCGCGGUCUUCCGUACGCGGAGCUCCGCAACGCCCGCGGGCACGCGCUGAGCGACUCGGUCAUUGCGACGCGCGUGCUGCAAGGCACAUUGGCGCCGUCGUUUUCGGUCGAUGGACCGGCCUGGCUGCGCGCGCUUGGCGCUGACUGCCUUUGCAUGGACGCGGAUAUUCGGCCCAAUGCGCUGCAAAUCUCGACGCGACUUCGUCAGACCCAGCGCGAUCUUCUGACAGCGUAGCCGAGAAGCAACAACAUGCAAGUUGAAUGCGAAGUCGUAGUACUACAUCUGUCGUCGCAUGUCCA